AGAUAUUCGAUGUGAUGGCAUCCUUCGCCUUCCCCUCCCUUCUGCCCCCUUCCCCCGAAUGUCAAAUACCACCUGUGCACUCUGACAGCUCAUGCCCCGCCUCUCACGACUGUCGAAUCCCUUGACCUGCGGGACAAGACCCUCCACAGCAAGACAUCUCCACCGCUCGACGCGUCUAAGCCAAGUCAUGGCGCACCUUUACGGCUCUGCGCCCAAAGGCGAGCACACACUGCAGUCGCUGCCCAAAUCGAACGUCUUCACAUCGAAUCUGCCGCCCGACGCCGCCUUCCCCACACCGAAAGACUCGCACAAUGCGCCUCGGCAAAGCCUCGGACCGCGCAUGGUCAAGGAAGCGCUCUACACGUUCGUGCGGCCAGAUCCCCACGGCGAGGCUGAGAUCCUCGGCGUCAGCCUGCGCGCGCUGCGAGAUGUCGGCCUGAAGGACGAGGAGGCGCAGACAGAGGAGUUCAAGCAGCUCGUCUCCGGCGGCAAGAUGCUCACAUGGGACCCGGAGAAGCCCGACGACGGCGUCUACCCCUGGGCACAAUGCUAUGGCGGCUACCAGUUCGGGCAAUGGGCUGGCCAGCUUGGUGAUGGGCGCGCCAUAUCGCUGUUCGAGGCCACAAACCCGUCGACGGGCACACGCUACGAGCUGCAGCUGAAAGGCGCCGGCCGCACUCCAUACUCGCGCUUUGCAGACGGCAGGGCAGUCCUGCGCUCAUCCAUACGCGAAUUUGUCGUCUCCGAGUACCUCAAUGCGAUCGGCAUCCCCUCCACAAGAGCGCUGGCGCUCACGCUGAACAACGGUACGCGGAUCGUGCGCGAGCGAGCCGAGCCCGGCGCUAUUGUCACACGGUUUGCACAGAGCUGGAUUCGCUUCGGUACCUUCGACCUCCAGCGCAUGCGCGGCGACCGUGAGACACUGCGCACCCUCACCGACUACACCGCCGAGCACGUCUAUGGAGGAUGGGACAAGCUGCCCUCGAAGCUGCCAGCUGGCGAGGCAAAAGCCACACAUAACAAGGUCCAGACUGGCGUAGCAAAGGGCACAACUGAAGGCGAAGGUACAGAAGAGGAGAACCGAUACGCUCGUCUAUAUCGAGCCGUCGUCCGCAACAACGCAACCACGGUUGCCAAGUGGCAAGCAUACGGCUUCAUGAACGGUGUGCUGAACACCGACAACACAUCCAUCCUCGGUCUGAGCAUCGACUUUGGGCCCUUCGCCUUCCUCGACACGUUUGACCCUACCUACACGCCCAACCACGAUGACCACAUGCUGCGCUACAGUUACCGCAACCAGCCAACCAUCAUCUGGUGGAACCUCGUCCGACUAGGAGAGGCCUUCGGCGAGCUGAUGGGUGCUGGAUCAAACGUCGACACCGCAGAGUUCGUUGAGAAGGGUGUGAGCGAAGACGGUGCUCCUGACCUCGUCAAGCGGGCAGAGGGCUGCAUUGAGCGGGCAGGCGAGGAAUACAAAGCCGUUUUUCUAGCCGAGUACAAGCGUCUCAUGACAGCACGCCUUGGUCUGAAGUCGCAGCACGAUAGUGACUUUGACACACUAUUCUCCGAGCUGCUUGAUUUCCUUGAAGCGUAUGAGCUCGACUUCCACCACGCUUUCCGCAGGCUGUCCAGCUUGAGUCUUGCGAAGCUGGACUCGGAUGAGUCGAGGCAGAGCGCUGCAAACAUUUUUUUCCGCAAUGACAAUCUGCCAAAGGAUGGCGCGGAAUCGCGAGUGCGCAUUGCCAAGUGGCUCGAGAAAUGGUCUGCGCGCGUCAAGGAAGACUGGGGGGAGGCCGACAGCGGCCGACAGGAGGCUAUGAGAGCCGUCAACCCAAGUUUCGUGCCCCGCUCAUGGAUCCUUGACGAAUUGAUCGACCGAGUCGAGAAGAAGGGCGAGCGCGAGAUUCUGCCACAGAUUAUGAAGCUGAACCUGGAUCCAUUCCAGGAAGAAUGGGGAUGGAAUGCUGAAGAAGAGCAGAGGUUCAUUGGCGAUGUACCAAAGUACAAGGGUAUGAUGCAGUGCAGCUGCAGCUCGUAGGUCGUUAGACACCAAGCAGCCUUUUGCGGCUGAAGAUAUCACCAAUGUUUGAAGCCGGAACGCCACCUGCCCUUAUCUCUCUUGGAG